GUGUUGUCCAUGUCAACUUCAAAUAAAAGUGCUUGGUGUGUUACGCCUCAACAAAGACCCAGUUGCAGCGCCACACAACAGUUUGAAACAGAAGUCGUUAGUAGCACAAAAAUCGUUCGCGGAAAGUAGCCAGUCCAACUAUGACGGAAGAAAAUAUAACAAAUGAAGAUGCAAAAUAUUUAAAUAAAAAUACACGACUCAAACGACUAAAAGAAAAGUGUCAAGGUUCGUUGAAGUUUAGUUUUGUGUUUUUCAGUUUAAUUCAUGUAGCGACUAUUGUUAUUGCUGCUACAUAUUACGAUAAAUGUACUGCUGAGCCUGACAUACCAAAAUAUUUACUAUACUUGGGUAUUCUAGGCCUAGUUACCAAAUUGAUAAGCCUUUUCAAAAAUUUCUUAAUAAAACACCUAAGUGUUUCUCCGAUAUUAUCUUUUAUUUUAACAGGAGAAUUAACCUUACUUAUUGUUGGGUCAUACUAUGUUUACAGGGAAUAUGAACCGAACUAUGAUUCUGAUAAUGGUGAACCAUAUUGUAACAAAACUUUGUAUUUAUUUGCAUUUAUUUAUAUGACAGUAAUUUAUUCCCUAAUAUUCCUCAUAAUGUUAAUUGUUGGAUGUUUCGUACUCAGUCUAUUGCUGCUUGACAAAUACGUUCCUCCUCAUGAUACUGAGGAAGAUAAAAUGGAGAGGGUGGAGAUACCAAUUCCAACAGAACAAGGAACAAAAGCCGAGAUCAAAGAAUAAAUGCACUUGUAUCUACAUGUUCUUUAAAAUGAAUAAAAAUACUUGCAACAUCA